AUGGCCGACGAAGAGGAGCGCCUCAAAGCUGAGAAGCUGGCCGCUGCCAAGAAAAGGGUAGCCCAGCUCCAAAAACAAAAGAAGAAAGCCAACAAAAAAGCCUCCACCAAAGACUCAGAACCAUCAAAAGAUGCGGCUGCGCCUUCAGAGUCCUCGCCGGCGAAGGAGUCUGCCUCCGACGAAACCGCCGAACAGAAGCCCAGCGAGGAGAAACCCACCGAACAACCGAAACCCGACGAGCAGCCGUCCGAACAACUGUCCGAACCCAAAGACAAUGACAAGACCGACGAAACAACAGCCGAACCUCCGCGCGAAGAAUCCCCCACAGAACCCAUGCCCGACGCCCCGACGUCCCCCGGCCCUGACGCACAGCCCCAACUCCCCAAGAUAGACACGGCGACGAGUCCGCCGUCGCGCGGCGCCCACGGCCGCCAGCCGUCGCUGUCGAUCCAGUCGAAGAUGCGGUCAUCGUCGUUCCGCAAGACGUCCAUCUCGCAGGGAAGCCUCUCGCCGUCUCCGUCCGCUGCGAUCAAAUCGCCGUCGCUGCCGCCGCUGACGGCGGACGGGGACUCCGUGCAUGAGGUGUACCGCAAGCAGUCGACGCGGAUCGACGAGCUCGAGAAGGAGAACAAGCGGCUGGAGAAGGAGCUCGAGGAGGGCACGGCGCGGUGGAAGAAGACGGAGGAGGAGCUGGAGGAUCUACGCGAGGCGAGUGUCGAUGCGGCGGAGUUGAAGGACCGGCUUGAGAAGGCAGAGCAGAAGGCCGGGGAGAUUGAGGAGCUGAAAGCCGAAAUCGCCUCCCUGCAACGACAAAACUCGCACCUGCAAACGCGCACCCACCGCAACAACGCCAGCGUGUCCGCUCCCGGGCCAUCGGAAUCCCCGCCGUCGGAUCUCAUGCAGCAGCUGGAAUCGAAAUCCGCCACCAUCGAGGCGAUGGAGCUCGAAAUCUCCAACCUGCGCGCGCAGCUGUCGUCGAGCGCCGCGCACGAGACGCAAAUAUCAGCUCUGGAAGAGAAGCUCGCGCGCAGCGAGUCCGCCCUUGAGAAGUCCCAGAACGAACUGACGGAUACCAAGGCCGCGCUUACGCGCGCGUCGGAGAAAGCCGUCAAGGAGGGCGUGGACAAGACGUCGACGGAGACGCUGAUCAAGAGCCUGCAGCGCGAGACGGAGGAGCUGAAAACAGAGAAGGCGGAGGCGACGAAGAAGAUCGAGACAUUAGAAAAGAAGCUCGAGGCGAUGGGCAACCUGCAUCGCGAAUCCGAAGCACGACACCAGGCGCGGCUGCGCGAGAGCGAAAAGACUGAGAAGGAGGCGGCCGUGCUGCGCAAGCGGCUCGCGACCGUCGAGAACGAGAACCUCCGCCUGAAAGAGGACCUCGAGACGCUGCGCAAGCGGGACGGCGGCGCGGACGACGACGCGCUCGACGAGCUCGAAGACGAGGAGCGCUCGCGGCUGCAGCGCCGCAUCCGCGAGCUCGAAGGCGAGGUGUUUGACCUGCGCCGCGGGGUGUGGAAGGAGAAGCGCCAGGAACUCGAUGCCAGCGGCGCCGGGGAUGGCGCCGACUUCUCCUACGCCGAUUCGGCGACGAAUCCCUCCGCCGCCAACGCCUUUGACGACGUCGACCUCGUCGGCGGGACGCCCGAACACGCGCGCAGACGCAGCAUGGCUAUGCAGCAGCACUCGUCGUUCUCGACGGUGCUCUCCAGCGGCAUCGCGGCGUUCACGGGUGGAGGCUCGUUUGGCGGCGGUCGUGGCCGGGCAGGCUCGCACCAGCAGCACCCACCGGCUACACGCGGCAGCCUGGAGCUGCUCUCGGAGGAGAACUUUGACGAUGAGUUUGAUGAGGCGGAGUUUGCGCGGGCCCAGGCCGAGGAGGAGGCGCGCAAGCGCGUCGAGUGGGUGCGCGAGAUCAAGAAGAAGCUGAGGGACUGGCAGGGGUGGCGGCUGGAUUUGGUGGACAGUCGCGCCGGAGCCGAAGGCGCUGGCGUGGGCAUGGGCGAGAUUUUCCAGAUCUAG